UCGGGCCGCCGCCCGCUCCGCGCGCUCCGUCCGCCGGGUCCGCACCCGGCCCUCACUUGCGCCUCCCUCGCCGCUACCGCCCGCCCGGGGUCCCGCGUCUCGCGAGAAGUCGCCGCUGCAGGUCGUGGGCUCCGGGGAAGAUGGGGGCCCGGGGCCCGGAGCCCCGGCUGCUCUUGGGGGCGCUCGCGCUGCUCGCCUGGACGACGGGUCUCUGCGCGGGAACGGAGACGCCCUCAGGCGUCGCUGCAGAUAAAUUAUUAGUCAUAACUGUAGCAACAAAAGAAAAUGAUGGAUUCCAUCGAUUUAUGCAUUCAGCCAAAUAUUUCAAUUAUACUGUGAAGGUUCUUGGUCAAGGGGAAGAGUGGAGAGGUGGAGAUGGAUUUAACAGCAUUGGAGGGGGCCAGAAAGUGAGAUUAAUGAAGGAAGCCAUGGAACACUAUGCCAAUCACGAAGAUCUGGUUAUCUUGUUUACUGAAUGUUUUGAUGUUGUAUUAGCUGGCGGCCCAGAGGAAGUUCUAAAGAAGUUCCAAAAGUCAAACCACAAAGUCGUCUUUGCAGCAGAUGGCAUUCUGUGGCCAGAUAAGCGGCUGGCAGACAGAUACCCCAUUGUGCAUAUUGGGAAGCGAUACCUGAAUUCAGGAGGGUUCAUUGGCUACGCACCCUACAUCAACCGAAUAGUCCAGCAGUGGAAUCUGCAGGACAAUGAUGAUGACCAGCUCUUUUACACUAAAAUCUACAUUGACCCAGCAAAGAGGGAAGCCUUUAACAUCACGUUGGAUCACAAAUGCAAAAUUUUCCAGGCCCUGAAUGGCGCCGUAGAUGAAGUUGUUUUAAAGUUUGAAAAUGGAAAAACCAGAGUCAAGAAUACAUUUUAUGAAACACUACCAGUAGCAAUUAAUGGAAAUGGACCCACCAAAAUUCUCCUGAAUUACUUUGGAAACUAUGUUCCUAACACAUGGACGCAGGAAAAUGGUUGCACCUUUUGUGACUCUGACACAAUUGAUUUAUCUGCAGUAGAUGUCCAUCCAAAUGUAACAAUAGGUGUUUUUAUUGAACAACCAACCCCUUUCCUACCUCGAUUCUUGGACAUAUUGUUGACUCUGGAUUAUCCAAAAGAAGCACUUAAUCUCUUUAUUCAUAAUAAAGAAGUUUAUCACGAAAAGGACAUCAAAGUGUUUUUUGAUAAAGCCAAACAUGAAAUCAGUACUAUAAAAAUAGUAGGACCAGAAGAAAAUCUGAGUCAAGCGGAAGCCCGAAACAUGGGAAUGGACUUCUGCCGUCAGGAUGAAAAGUGUGGUUAUUAUUUUAGCUUGGAUGCCGAUGUUGUUUUGACAAACCCAAGGACUUUAAAAAUUUUGAUUGAACAAAACAGGAAGAUCAUUGCCCCUCUUGUAACAAGACAUGGAAAGUUGUGGUCCAACUUCUGGGGAGCCCUGAGCCCUGAUGGGUACUAUGCGCGCUCCGAAGAUUAUGUGGAUAUCGUCCAGGGGAGCAGAGUAGGAAUUUGGAAUGUGCCAUACAUGGCUAAUGUGUACUUAAUUCAAGGAAAGACACUCCGAUCAGAGAUGAGUGAGAGGAACUAUUUUGUUCGUGAUAAGCUGGAUCCUGAUAUGGCUCUCUGUCGAAACGCUAGAGAAAUGACCUUACAAAGGGAAAAAGACUCCCCUACUCCGGAAACAUUGCAAAUGUUCAGCCCCCCAAAGGGUGUGUUUAUGUACAUUUCUAACAGACAUGAAUUUGGACGGCUGCUAUCAACUGCUAAUUACAACACUUCCCAUUAUAACAAUGACCUGUGGCAGAUUUUUGAAAACCCUGUGGACUGGAAGGAAAAGUAUAUAAACCGUGAUUAUUCAAAGAUUUUCACUGAGAAUAUAGUUGAGCAGCCUUGCCCAGAUGUCUUUUGGUUUCCCAUAUUUUCUGAAAAAGCCUGUGAUGAGUUGGUGGAGGAAAUGGAGCAUUAUGGCAAAUGGUCUGGAGGAAAGCACCACGAUAGCCGCAUAUCUGGAGGUUAUGAAAAUGUCCCAACUGAUGAUAUUCACAUGAAGCAAAUUGACCUGGAGAAUGUGUGGCUUCAUUUCAUCCGUGAAUUCAUUGCACCUGUUACCCUGAAGGUCUUCGCAGGCUAUUAUACAAAGGGAUUUGCUCUGCUGAAUUUUGUAGUAAAGUACUCCCCUGAAAGACAGCGCUCUCUCCGCCCCCAUCAUGACGCCUCCACGUUUACUAUAAACAUUGCUCUCAAUAAUGUGGGAGAAGAUUUUCAGGGAGGCGGAUGCAAAUUUCUAAGGUACAAUUGCUCCAUUGAAUCCCCACGCAAAGGCUGGAGCUUCAUGCAUCCCGGGAGGCUCACGCAUCUGCAUGAAGGACUUCCAGUUAAAAAUGGAACAAGAUACAUUGCAGUAUCGUUUAUAGAUCCCUAACUUAUUGACUUUCCACUGAACUGAGUUUUCCUUUGAGAUGGACGACUGGCGUGAACAGGUCUUUGAAGUUGUACUUGAGAAGAUGAGAGGAAUAUUUAGAUAAUGUCAACAGAACAACUUCACUGUAGGCCAAACAUUUGAAAAACUUUUACAGAGAAAAAUUGUUUGAUGUUUCUUAAUGUCUGCUCUGAGCCUUAAGACCAGGUUGAAGAAGAAAAGAAAGAAAAAAAGUAAAAAUCAGUAUUUAUUUCUGUGCUUUACUGUCUCUGAAAAUAAUGACAGUUUGAAUUUGUGUUUCAUGUUUAUAAAAUAUUCAGGUACAUAUGCAUAAGUGACAAAUAAGCCCAAUAAUACUUUCUUAUUUAAGAAAAACCUGGGAAGAAUUGUGUUUGUCAGCAUUGGGGGACCUAUAGACACGUGGAUAAAAGUGAAAAUCAGCAAGCUUUGAAACCUGGAGCUCUGACUCUUAACUGAAUUUACAUGUAAUUAUUAAAUAAUUUUUGAACUCCUGUAUAGCCUGUUUCUCAGUAGUUAGGAACCCAAAGACAAUAUGCAAAGUUUUUCCUCAGGAAUGUUGGUGCAAACACAGUCAGUGGGAGGAUAGCCACUGGAAAUAUUUUUAGCAUAGAGGUAAAUCGUUCUGCGUUGGUAUUAGAAUUAGAUCCCUGUCCCUUUGGAGAAGCUCCCUGUAGAUGGAGGUGGGUGCUUUCUUGGACACCCAAGUGCCUUUCCGCUUUGCAAAGUGCUUCGUGUCAAAUUCUAGCGCCUUAAAUUGAACAGAAGGUUUUUCUUCAUUUCACUGUUUUUUCUAACUAUAGAAAAAUGAGAAAAAAGGAAAUUUUCAUUAGAUUACUGGUAUAUUUUUUGAUUUUAAAAAAAAAUUCUUUUCGAGUACUUGAGUUUUAUAUCAGGAAGAUAAAGUCAUUAAGCCUUGUUUCUUACCUUUGACCCUUGCUGCUUUCCUACUUUCUUGGGGGAGGGGAGGCAUUAUGUGCUGCUUUUUCCCCAGCGUAAUCUAAUUUAUCAUCCUAGACUCUUUGUUCCUUUUCCUCUGUCCUAGUUUUUAAAAAUCCUGCAACAAAAAAUUUAUUUCAUUUUUAAAUAUUUCUCUGAAUGAGGUUUAAAUAUCUUUUUAAUAGCUACUGUCUUUAAAAGUUAAACUUGAAAAGACGUUCUUAUUCAUGGUGCCAAAAAUCCAUUUUUCUAACGCUGUGUGUUAGAAAAUGUUGAAAAAUAAAAGAAUUUAAAAUACA